AUGACCGCCCCGACGUAUUUGUCCCAAAAGGGACCUGUGCAACAGCAACCCCCGCACGGUCUGCCCAGACCCUGGCAGAGAGCGGCGCUCAUCAGAGGAAUUAUCAUAGGAUUUUUCUUGUCGAUACUCUUCCUGUCCAGAGGCCAUUAUCAUGGCCUCGACAUGAAGCGUCUGCAGGACUUGUGGCGACAUCCAUCCGAGCUGUCCUGGUCGGAUCUCAGGCUAUCCUCGUCUAUGCGCCGUUACGUCUCCUUUGAUCUAGAGUUGCCUCUCCUAGAAUCUCUCCGAUCAGAUGCCCGGUGUGAGCCCGAGUACAUCUUUUUCACCCCUGGUGGCCGCUCGCCUAUGAUUCUGAACAAUCUCGGCGAGUUGGUCUGGGCCGCGCAAAGCUCGGCGGCCACCCAGAACUUUCGCGUGCAGAGAUAUCGCCAACAGGACUACCUGACGUACUGGGCCGGGAAGCCUUUUGGGCCGGGAUAUUAUUAUAUGCUGGACUCGAGCUACAACGAACGCUACGUUGUCUCCCCAGUCGGCGACAUCUACGGCCACCCGCACGACUUCACAAUCACCAGUCGUGACACGGCGCUGAUCACGGCACACGACAAACGACGGGCCGAUCUCUCGUCUGUGGGCGGGCCGCAGGACGGCUGGAUUUUCGACGGCGUCUUCCAGGAGAUUGAUAUCGCCAGUGGCAAGCUUAUCUUCGAGUGGCGUUCCUCGGAGCACGUGCCUGUGGCACAUACCUACAAGAGGUUCGAGCAGGGAGAGGGCACCGAGCACCACCCUUUCGACUAUUUUCAUAUCAACAACGUCGACCAAGAUGCGGUAGGGAACUAUAUCAUCUCCGCCGGCCACACGCACACGGUCAGCUGCAUCGAGCGGUCCACCGGCGAGGUGUUGUGGAACUUGGGCGGAAAGGGAAACAGCUUCUUAGAUUUCGGCGAGCGGCCCAUAGUGCAAUUCAAGUGGCCACACGCGGCGCGGUGGCAUGAUAACGACACGUUGACGGUGCUCGAGAGCGACGGAGACCAUCACCCGAGAAGUCUGCCCUCAGAAAGCCGCGGCAUGCUCAUCCAGCUGGAUGUUCCCAACCGAUUCGCCAAAGUGCGGCAAACAUAUAGCAACCCCGAGGGGAUUCGGACGCGGUUCGAGGGCAGCAUGCAGCUCCUCGAGGAUACCGGCAAUGUUUUUGUCGGCUGGGGUGGCGACGCCGGAUACACUGAAUUCAAUGCAGAUGGGACCACCCUCUGUGAUGUACGGUUUGGCAGGUCUCACCUUUUGAGCGGCAAACACGGUGGUCCGUCGCAGAUCUCAAAAGGUCCAUGGACUGGUAAACCGCUGACGAAGCCUGUUGCGUUGGCGACUGGGGGCAAGAUCUUCGCCCACUGGAACGGAGCCACCGAGGUGACCGAGUGGCAGGUGCAGGCUCAGUUGCACUCGAGUCCAGAGGCUCUAUCCGAAUUACCAGAGUUCCACGGAGUCGGGCGGUUUCGGAAGACGGGGUUUGAAACAGCGAUCGACACACAUCUGUUUGACCGCAACACACAGUUCCGCAUUGCGGCGCUGGAUCGAAAUGGCAACGAACUAGGACACACGACAGUCUUUGAUCUAAAGGAGUCGUGGGUAGAGGCCACUGGCCUGUCGCCCUCACAGCUGGGCGUGGUGGCCGGGGUGUGCCUGGUGGGAUGCCUGGUGACGGCGGCGAGCACGCUGCACUUGCGCUUGAAGCGUCGGGAGAGCUCGAUCCUCUCCACCUUCGGCAUCAACACCGGCGUCAACCACAGCGCAGGCUUCCUGCUGGCGCACUGGUUCUUCGCAUACGGCGUGCUGUCGACACGUCCGGCCAAGGCGCGCGCUGGCAUCGACGACAAUCGCAAUCCACGCCACGACUUGGCCAAGUACGGCGAGCGCGCGGUCAGCGAGGGCAAGAUCACGCGCCGUCAGCUUGACCGUAUGACGCGGUUGCAGUCAGCGCAUGAGAAUGCCGUCGAGGGGUUUGCCUUUUUUGCGGCUGCCAUCAUCCUGGCAAAUGUCGCCAAAGUCGACACGGAAACGAUCGAUCUCAUCGGCGUCUGGUACUCGGCAAGCCGUGUGGCGUAUGCCUUGGCAUACUACUCUAUCGAAGAUAAAUCGCUGAGCUACCUCCGGUCAGCGGCCUGGUGGAGCGGUAACUGGAGCUGCAUUAUGGGCAUCUGGUGGGCCAGCAAGAAGCUGUAG